UUGAUCUUCUCGAAGAGGCCUAAAUGGAUGAAUGUGACCUUAUUGUACCCCUAUGGAACAAAAUUUAAAACUACAUCAGUAUUAUGGUGACUUAUGAUCUGAUGGAACUACUUUCGCAGUGUUGUUGGGAGUCUCAUUUACCUUGCCCAUACUCGUCGCGAUAUCACUUGUGUUGUACAGGUUGUGAGUCAUAUAUGUAUGCUCCUCGAACUAAGUCCUUCUAUGAAUCUGAGGCCAAGAAAUCCAACAAUCGAUCGUGGGAUGUCAAGAAAUUAAAGGCUAGUGAGGUGAAACUGGAGUGGCGGCUCAUCCACCAUGUGUUUGCUAGGUCUGUGGGUGGAGAGAAUCGGAGCAAAGGUAACUUGACUGCCCGAGACGUCAACUUCUUCCACAGCAAUCAUCUACCUCAAUAUCUUCACCUCGGUUUGGCCAUCUUGUAUAUCUUCAAGUGUUAUGAGACGGACCAUCGAUCAUUGCCCUUCAUGAAGGAGUUUUUGUCAAUCGUCUAGCCAAGUAUUUCCAAGUCGACUUCGAGGCCGUGCAAUUUUGGUUGGAUAGUAGGACCACUCCAAUAUCCUUUGACAUCUUGAAGUUGAGAAUCAAAGUGUUGCAUAUGAAUGACUAUGACAUUUGGGGAGUACGGAGACUUCCAUUUCCAACCACUAACACUUUAGGCAUGGAGGGUAUCUUGUUCCGCCUUCCAAAAGCUACGGCAGUAAGAGGACGAAGAGGACUAGUCAACAAGUGGAAAGCAUGUAUGAGGGAUGAGAGGCCCCUCCGUCCACUUCCCAUCCGGUUCCACCACCAUUCAACAAUGCAAGGGAUUACCGAGUCAAAGCAAUGAUAGAGCUGAUCCUUCACAAUCAAAGGAGGGAGAAGGAAGCGUGACUCCACAUCAUGGCGUGCAUCCAUUCUAUAAUGAAGAAGAUGGAUAUUCCGAUUGAAGAUGUCUUGCAUCAACUUGCUCGCUCCUCUUCCCUUUCACCACUCUAAGACGAAGAAGAAGGACCCUCCAAAAAGGAUUGAGUACUAGGCAUCCAAGGCCUAAGUUCUAUUUUUUUUUCUUUUUCUUUGCUCUUCUUUCUUUUAUUUAAGACAAUGUUUAAUUAUUGAUUUAUUUUCGUUUUACUUUUCGUACUUUAAACAUUCUAGUACUAGUAGUAAUCGUACUUGUAUACUUACCGUACCUAUAACUCUUAAUCGUCUUCCUCUCUUUCUUAUGCACUUCAUCAUUCAAAACCACCAGGAAGAAAAAGACCUACACUUGUGUACCUUCACCAACGCACAACCCAACCUACGAUAACCUUCAUGAUCUUUUCUUUUGAAACUCCCACAUUGGGGACAAUGUGUUGCUCAAGUGGGGGGGGGGGGGUGUGUGAAUGUUAUAAUGAUUAUCAUGAUUGAUUGAACCAUUAAUUGCUAGUAUCCUCCCUUGUUUAUGAAUGCAAGAUGUUGAUGAAUAUUUAUGGGAGUGUAUGCUAGCAAUUGUGUGUGUUUGUAGUGUUGAAUGGUCAAAUGAUAGUAUUUUGGAACCUUGAAUGCAUUAUCCAAAUUUUUUCAAAUUUGAGGGUUCCAAAACACCUUGUUCCUUGAAACUACCUAGUCGAUAUGCUUUGAAAGAUAGAUGAUUGAUGUGUUGUGCUCUCUAGGGGAUAUUUGAAUUAUUAGAGUUUGGUGUAUGAAGGUUUUACUAUCUUCUUGACUUCUUCCUCUUUGGUGGGUUGAUAAUGUUUGCUAUUUUAGGGAGAACAUGUGUGGGAUUCUCUAUUAUUUUUUAACUACAAACUUUUACAAUUUUGUGCUUAUUGUCGAAAAAAGGAAAACAAAUCUUUUAAAAAUGA